AUGUUCAUUUUCAUCAAACAUGGAGAUAAUCAGCAGUUUCUGGUCAAUACCAAUUGCUCUGUCCUUCUGUUGCUGCAUUACACCCGCAGUAGAGUAGGGUUGCCUAAAACAGACACCAUCGAUUUGUGUGAUGAGACAGGGACAAUGAAGUUGCUUUUCCUGAUGAAGACCCCUGGAGACUAUGCCAGCAAAUUCCUUACUGCUCGAAACACCUACUACAUUUGUAAGGUGGAACGUGGAGCACCAGGAACCCGACUAGAAAAUGCCUACAAAGCUUUUGUGCCCCUCCUGAAGAAUCCAGAACCUGAGCUAAUUGAUGCUUUGCGCACACAAUGUGACCUCCUGGAGAGGAGCCGUGUAAAAUUGCUCAGAAGCCAAGAAGCCAAGAAAGUCGUUCUGAUUGAAUCCUCUGUGAACCUCCCAUCCAAAUCAACAGGAAGAUCAGAUGAAGAGGGGCCCACUCGAAGAGGUCUGCUCUUUAAGACCAGAGCAGACUUUUUCAGUAGAAGGGUUAAACAUCGCUAA